AUGAACCAAGAUGGUCUGCAGCCACCGGUCGCCACCACUUCUCGUCGUCAACCACCCAUUGAUCCGGCGAUCGUCAUUAUCUUCUUCGUUAUCCUUUUUUUGCUCUUCCUCCUCCCUCCACCCGUAUCACAUAUCAAACCAACUCCUUUCAAAUCUUUCUGGGAUUACUUUAUCGUUUUCCUCUUCUUGUUUGCCAUUCUUUCCGGCGUUUUGGCUCAUAUAAAUGACGUAUCGUCCAUGCCCAACGUUACCGUUCCGUAUCACGAUCGGAAGGUGCAGGUUAAUGGUGAUUUCAGCAGCAGCAGCAGCAGCAGCAACAGUGAUAAUCUGGUGCGGUUUUCCAAUGAUUUUGGGGUCGGUACACAGUAUCCUUCGACGGUUAACAACCAUUCACGAUGGACAGAAGGGAGAAAAGAGAAUAUUUAUCGACCUGAACCAGUCUCCUGUGACGUCCGCCUCCAUCCUCGGCGGCGUGAGGCAGGGAAAGUGUAUUAUCGAAGUAUUGAGGUCGUUCCAAAUGUGCCAGAACAACGUCAAUCGCCGAAACGAGCACGUUCUCCUCCACCACCAGCUCGAGAUCCGGCUCCACCAGUUUCCGUCAAGUCAAGAAAUCGCCGAACCUCCAGAAGUGUAAAGCAGGUUCGACUGGCUGAAACCGUUCAAGUUACAAACCAAAUUAAGGGGAUACACGAAGUAUCCCACAUUCCUCCACCUACGCCGUCGCCAUCAGAAAACAGUAACGAACUUGAUCGGGAAGCAAGAGAGUCUAAGAAGGAAAUGGCUCCGACGAUAGUUUCACUGGAUGAUCAGAAGAAGAAAAACCGAAAGAAGAGACAGAAAUCAAGAGAUAUGGAGAAGACGCCACCACCUCCCCCUUCGUCUAUGUUCCGGAAAAUGUUCAAAAAAGUAAGAAAACCUAAAGGAAUUCACACUGUUCCUGCAACAGCACCACCGCCGCCGCCACCUCCUCCGCCACCUAGGUCCAUUUUCAACACCUUAUUCAAGUCCGGCGGUAAAAGCAAGCGAUUUCCUCCGUCACACAUCCCUCCGCCACAGCCACAUCCACCCCUCCCGUCUUUAACCAACAAUAGUUUUUCUAAAACUGUAACAAAAAGCAACCGUUCCAAUCCUUCCUCCGCCGCUUUAUCACCGCAGUCCACCGUUCAACCUCCAUUUAAGCGUACUAUCCCAAUUCAACCUCCAUCUCCACCGUCGCUCCGCCGACGUCCGGCGAGCACACACAAACCGCCUCUACCAACAAAAGCAAGCAAUCCCCAUGACCGUGACGAUUUCCUUUCCAGCGCCUCACAGUCGCCGUGGAAUCCAAUUCAACCUCCAUAUCAACCGUCAGAACCUCUCCGCCGACGUCCGUCAAGCACACACAAACCGCCUCUACCAACAAAAGCAAGCAAUCACCAUGACAGUGACGAAUUCCUUUCCAGCAGCUCACAGUCGUCGCCGGUUCCACUCCCACCCCCUCCGCCGCCGUUCAAGUUGCCGGCAAUGACAUUCGAACUCCGCGGGAAUUAUGUUAGGCAACGGAGCGUCCAUAGUUCCGAUUUCAGUUCACCAGAUCGUGAUGAUCUCCGGUCAAGUAAAAUCGACGGUGGAGAUUCAUUUGGGCCCAGCCCAAUAUCUUCUCGUAGCCCAGACGUCAACCCGAAGGCUGAUAGUUUCAUAUCCAGGCAAAAAUAUGAAUGGAGAACCCAAAAGUAA